UAACAAUGCUAAUUUUCGUAAGAUCAGGGUAUCACCAUCGUAACAUACAUCACGUCGGCGGAUGUUUUUCACUUACGAUUAUCAUUGCCGUUUAAACCACACCAAAGCUCUCAAAACAGGGAAAUGGCGUCGAUUGGGAAGGGGGUAAUUUUUCUUAUUCUGUUCCUUCUGUGGUGCGCUUAUGUUAUCAUUGGGAUGUUCGUGUUUAGGGCCGCAGAAGGUAAUGUGGAGAGAGAAGAAGAGAGAGAGAAUCAAGAGAAGACAGAGCGCUGGAGUAUGUCAGAGCUGAGGGCUGCAACAAUGCAGAAACAUAACAUGACGGCAGCAGAAUUUAACACACUCGCCGGAAAGAUUCGUGAAACUCGUGAAACUCACGAUGAGUAUUACGAUGAACAGCGAUGGAGUUACGGAGAGUCGUUCUGGUUUGUCUUUGUUUUGCUCACAACCAUAGGUUACGGAGAUUUCACCCCUGUUACCUCCCUUGGCAAGGGUCUGUGCGUGGUGUAUGCUUUCUUCGGUAUCCCGAUAACUAUCUUGUUGCUUAGAUUCAUUGGCCAGCAGAUGCUGCGAGGCGAGAGGUCGCUUAUCACAGCCAUCGAGAAGCAUUGUCUGGGAAGAAACGGAGCUCCAAGCCGCUUGAACGAGAAAUGUUUCCUGUUUGGCUUUGUGUACUUGCUGUUACUGCUCUUGAUCGGCGCCGCUAUUCAAAUGAAGGUUGAAGGCUGGAGUUAUGGAGAUAGCCUUUAUUUCUACGUGGUUACCUUCACCACGGUUGGCUUCGGGGAUCUACUUCCCCAGGAAGCGAAGUACAUCACCGUACCGUUCAUACUUUUAGGGCUGACCGCCAUCUCCAACAUUCUACACGCGGCUGCUGCUGUGGCCCUGAUCAAACGUGUUACCGCGGGCUCACAAGUGAACGACGAAACUGAGAAGCUGACGAAGAAAGAAGCCGAAGUUUGAAGAACGAAGGAAACUUUCGACAAGACCGUUGCUGUACACAGAUUCUUAAAACUGAACGUAGAAGCCUACAAUAGAUCCAUUUCAACUAACUACAGUAAAAUGUUAAAAGGGAGAGAGAGAGAUAAUUAGUUAUUUCUCUAUUAAUAUAACUUUACAAAAAUUGAUUUGCAAACUUGAGGGUUUUUUUUCUUCUAUUGCUAUUGGCUUAAGUAGGUCCUGAAACUGUACAUAUUCGUAAUGUACUGUAGCAUCCUCGGUAACUGACCAUCACAAUUUGGAUCGAGAAGUCCAAGAAUGUCCAUCACUCCUGAGGAUGACAGAAUCGGACAUGUUUGAUUUUGAUCAUGAAAAGAGAGGCUGUCUUUUUAAUAAAGCUAUGCACUGAACA